UCAUACUAAUUAAUACGAUGGCAGCUUUUGUCCUGGUCGCAGAGAAGAUAAAUUUACCUUCCACCAAAAUUUUCACUCAGACCCAACAACCGCAAUUGCAGGGCAAUAUGAGUGCUGAACAGGUUAACGACGUUACAGAAGGUGUCAAGGCUCUUGUCCUUGACCCUGUUACUGGGGAACAUGUUUCCAAAACUGAGAUGAAGAAGAGGGAAAAAGUUCGUGCCCGUGAAUUAGCUAAAGCCAAAAAGCACGCUGAGAAGGCUGCUACUGCUCCUCCUGAGGUUAAAAGCGCUAAAAAAAACGAAGAAGAAUUGGAUCCUUCCCAAUAUUUUGAGAACCGUUCUCGUGCUAUCAAAGAGUUGCGCAAAACUAGGGAUCCCAAUCCCUACCCUCACAAAUUCCAGGUUGGUACUAAGCUUCCCGAAUUCAUUAAGGAAUAUGAGAGUCUUCAACGCGGUGAGACCAAACCUGAUGUUGAGGUAACUGUCGCUGGUCGUGUUCACGGUCUUCGUACCGCUGGUGCCAAGUUGCGCUUCUACGAGAUUCACGCUGAUGGAUACAAGCUUCAAAUUAUGUGCCAAGCUCAAGAUGCUGAUCGUGUUGAUUAUGCUGCUCAACACGAGCACAUCCGACGUGGUGACAUUAUUGGUGUUCGUGGUUAUCCUGGCCGUUCCAAUCCCAAGGGCCGCGCUGAUGGCGAGCUCUCCGUUUUUGCUCGUGAAUGUGUUUUGCUCAGCCCUUGCUUGCGCAUGCUUCCCAAGGAGCACUAUGGUUUGAAGGAUUUGGAAACUCGUUAUCGUCAACGUUAUUUGGACUUGAUAAUGAACCGCUCCACUCGUGACCGCUUUGUCACACGUAGUCGCAUCAUCCAGUACUUGCGUUCCUUUUUGGAUAAUCGUGAAUUUAUUGAGGUUGAAACACCCAUGAUGAACAUGAUUGCUGGUGGCGCUACAGCUAAACCCUUCGUCACUCAUCACAACGAUUUGAACAUGGACUUGUUCAUGCGUAUUGCUCCUGAAUUGUACUUGAAGAUGCUUGUCGUUGGUGGAUUGGAUCGUGUCUACGAAAUUGGACGUCAAUUCCGUAACGAGGGUGCCGACUUGACUCAUAACCCCGAGUUUACUUCUUGUGAAUUUUAUCAAGCCUACGCUGAUUAUUACGAUCUUAUGGACACGACUGAAGAAUUGAUAUCUGGUAUGGUUAAAGAAGUCUGCGGUUCUUACAAGAUUCCUUAUCAUCCUGAAGGUCCUGAAGGUCCCUGCUGGGAGCUUGACUUUUCUCGUCCUUGGCGCCGUAUCAACAUGAUUGAACACUUGGAACAACGUCUUAACGUUAAGUUCCCUCCUGGUGAUCUUCUCCAUUCAGAGGAAGCUAAUGCUUUCUUGAGAGAUCUUUGCGCCAAACACAACGUUGAAUGUUCUCCUCCUCAAACCAGCUCUCGUCUUCUUGACAAGUUGGUUGGUGAAUUCAUUGAAAACGAAUGCAUCAACCCUACUUUCAUUAUUGGACAUCCUCAAAUGAUGUCUCCUUUGGCUAAGUACCAUCGCUCUGAGGCUGGUUUGUGUGAACGUUUUGAGGCUUUCGUUGCCACAAAGGAGAUUUGCAACGCCUACACUGAAUUGAAUGACAUCUUUGAUCAACGUGAACGUUUCGAAGAGCAAGCUCGUCAAAAAGACCAAGGUGAUGAUGAGGCUCAAAUUAUUGAUGAAAACUUCUGUACAGCGCUUGAGUACGGUUUGCCUCCUACUGGUGGUUGGGGUAUUGGUAUUGAUCGUUUGGUCAUGUUCUUAACUGAUAGCAACACCAUUCGUGAAGUGUUACUCUUCCCUCAUAUGAAGCCUGAAGUUAAAGCUGAAGAACCUACUAUUGCCAAGUAAAAAGCUUUCUUUUGGGUAACUUUUUUUUGGGUUAUCUGGUCGUUACUUAAAUCAUAGACAAUCAUACUCGAUUGUUAAUAUCCCUAUAGAUUACAUUCUUUCCUACCAGAGGCUUUGUUGUUUAGAAAUUACAGCCUUACUGUAUAUACAUCUGGUUUGAUUGGGUAGCAAAGCAUCCUAUAAUAAUUGAAUAUCUAUUGCUUUCUGUGUUAGAAGGAAACAGCGAAGCGCAUACAACGUUGGUCGUAAUCGUAUUACUUUUUGUGUAAGAAUGAAC